AUGAACCUUGCCCCCACAGAGCAGGGUACAGUUAUUAACUCGGGAGCAUCGCCAAUUCGAAAGGUCGAUGACCAUCUCCUGCUUCACAUCCUCACAUUCAAUGCGAACAUGGAAGACGAUCCGCCCAAGAAGGACACCGACAUUAUCUAUUAUCCAGAAAUUCGAGCCCUGACGAACAUCCGCGACGCAUCUCAUGUUUGUCACCUCUGGCGCCAAACGAUACUUUCGUCCACUGUAUUAUGGGGUAGGCUCAUGGAUCUUGAUCUUCUUAUUCUGUUGAAAGAGGAGUGGAGGCAGGAAGUAAUACGCCGGACUGGAGAAGCUCCGUUGCACGUUAGGGGCUAUCAAUCAAGCGAGGGUGAUACCGCCUUCGCCGCCUUCGUACACUUCCUCGUCUACAUCCUCGAGGUCCACUGGUCAAGAAUCGAAACCCUCAUAGUCUCCAUCUAUCCACUAAGCACGUAUCUGCCAGAUGCAGAAGUCUGGUACCCGAUGAAGGAUUUUUGGAGUCUCUUAUCACGGCCAUCGGACACAUUGAAGACCUUUCGCUUCGGUUGCGCAUACGACGAACAUUCACCUCCAGGGCCACUAGCGCUCUUCAGCGCCCACAUCCCACAACUGAUGGAUUUCCGGUUGACAGAAUAUUUUCGAGCUGGGGGCUACAUAUCAGCACCGUGGCUAAGCCAGCUUCGCCAUCUAGACAUAUCUGCAGGCUAUAGGGCGGACCCACCCCUGACGCUGUCGAUGUGGUUGGAAAAGCUCCGUGAUAUGCCACACCUUCAAUCCCUUACUGAGAACUCAAUUUUCGCCACCCCCGAAGAAUCUAUCCCUCCACGUCUCCCAGUCAUUCAACUCCCAAAUCUCAUCGAUCUUCGAGUCACUCACGGCCUCUAUCCCGCGACGUUGCUCCUAAAUCACAUCGAACCCCACCCAGAAUGCAGAUUGAUAAUGUACACUCCAGAACUCAACGCACCGACUCCUUCCACCUCUCAACGAUCGCUAAUCAACCACAUACUCGCCAAGUAUGCCGAACGUUUGCUCUGUGGUGCCAACCGCACCAACAUGAUCUUACAUUUCUAUCCCGACGAAUAUUUCCGCCUUGCGCAACUCGAAAGGGACAUAAUCGAACUUUCUACCCCGGGCGAUGUUCCAGAAGUAUUCGUAUUCGAAUGGCGCGCCCAUAUGAUGUCACCCGGAGUCCCAGGUCCCAAUGCCUACAUCGCCGCGUUCUCGCAGUGUGAUUAUAGCCACAUCAUGGUCCUCUCAGUUGAAAUCGGCUUUCUUGACAAGACUCACCAGGAGCUGCACCAUCAAAUCCAAAGUUUCCUGCAUUCCAUGCCCAACGUCCAGUUUCUCGGAGCCAAGAUGUCCGUAAUCGAGCAAUUCAUGAUCCUACCUCCGGAGGCCGGAGUGCCACCUGUCUUCCCAAAACUGCAGAAAUUGUUCAUCCUCGACGUCGUGUACCUCACCGGAAGUUCUGUAGCACCCGAUCACGGUCCUGGAUAUCUGGAGGUAUGUUUGAGGCAACGAGAGGCGGAUGGGUGCCCUGUGCAGGUGCUUGAUCUCACGGCGUGCGAUUCGCUCCCUGACAUGAGCUACCUAGAGGCAAUGAAGGGUAUGUCAGUUAUAUGGAUAGAUUCUUGGGGGAAUAGGAAAGAGGCGAUAUGCGGGUUGGGGGUGCUGGCCGAGGAACAGUGGCAGUAA